CCCGAAACUCGAGAUGCAGCGUAAUCGGGAUCGUCCUGGAGCAUACAGCAUGGAAAAGAAUAUCCCCGCUUUCAUUGGACUGUCUGCUGACCUAACAUACAGUUCCUGUUGAGCUUUCGCGCGCAGUCUCGGUUGUGAGAUCAUUUGUUCCACCCAAAAUCGCAUACUCAAGAUUUUGGCAUUCUUGAUAUACAGGGUAAAGUUGUGCACUUCGUUCGCAAUCCGGGACCAUUGGGAGUCAAAUAAGCAUGCCGCCUCUGCACAACCACGUUUUCAACCACGUUGCUAUCUCGGUUCCCGAUUGCGACAAAGCAAUUGAAUGGUAUGGAAAUGUAUUCGGCUUCAGGAGAUUGAGAGGCGAUCGCAUGACCGACCGCGCCGAAGCGCAGGACGCACCAAUUUUCAAGAUAUACGACUCCAAACUGCACAAAGUCAAAAUCGCGUGGCUUGGUACAGGCAAUAGCGUUGGUUUCGAAGUCUUCGAAUUUAUCGACCCGCCGAAUAAGCCAUCUCCGGACUUCGAGUAUGCCAAAACGGGCUUCUUCCACAUCGCUGUCACUUCGCCGGAUGUCGAUGCCGCAGUAGCGAGAGUACUGGAGAAUGGUGGAGACCAGGUUGGGGAGACGGUGAUCAUGGGGCCUGAAGAUAAGGCUGCGUAUGUGCGGGAUCCUUGGGGGAAUGUUGUGGAGCUUUUGAGUUGCAGCUUUGAGCACUUAAUGGCGAAUAAAUGA